AUAACUGGGGAUAACAACAAUUACACAUCAGUUUUCUACAUAAGUGUUGCAAAUAAAAUAAAUAUUUUGUGUUUCGCGAAGUCCGGAUUUCUUUAAUCGUGAAUGAGGUUAAAUCAUUCUGUCAACUGUCACCUUUCAAGCAAAAUAAAAAUGAAAAAAAAUCGAAAAAACUGGUUCGGACACAAAAGUAACGGGUGCAAUAAUAAGAUAUGUGUAAAUUGAUUAAUUUCAAACAUUUGUGUGCGAACCACUAAAACCUCGUCCUAAUUACGCGAAAAAUAAAAGUGAGGUUAUAUAGAUGUUGUCACUUGCCAAACUCACCACAAAAACUCAAAAAACGUCUUGAUAUUAUGGAAAACCAUUAAAAUAGUGCAAUGUCGAUAAAAUCUGAACCAGCUGACCCCGAAAUGCUUAUAAUCAAGCAAGAAUCCGACGCCGCUCCCUCCUCUCCCACAUUUAAGGAGGAAAACCCCGAAAUCCCCAAAACAGAAAACGAACCUGAUGGGAAUUACCGAUGCAAAAUCUGCAAAAAGCGAUUCGAGACAGAGGUUGAUUUGUACGAGCAUGAGAAUACCAAAACGGCUGAUAGGGCGCAUUCAUGUUGCGCCUGUGGUAAAUCGUUUCGUGACAACACCCAAUUGAAUGUUCAUACGCGAAGACACACGGGGGAGAAGCCCUACGAAUGCAAAGAAUGUGGCAAAAAAUUUUCAAUUAACGGCAAUUUGAGUAAACACAUGAGGACCCAUACUGGAGAAAAACGAUUUGAGUGCGACACCUGUGAGAGAAAAUUUACACAAUUUGCACAUUUGGAAGACCACAUUAAGACGCAUUCAGGGGAAAGGCCGUUUGAGUGCGACAUUUGCAAAAGUGCGUUCAAGACAAAAGCUAGGCUUACAAAGCACAAAAAAUCGCAUGAGGAUACUACUAUGACUCGGAGGUCAGUCCAAUGCCCCAUCUGUUCAAAAAUGAUGAAAAAUAUGAGACAAUUAACAAAUCAUAUGGACUGUCACUCAUCGGAAAAAAAUUUAUUCCAGUGCGACAUUUGUGGCAAAAGUUAUCACAAUUUGUAUUAUUUGCAAAACCACCAAAAGACCCACAGUGGAGUCCGCCCUUUCAAAUGUACUCUCUGUGAGAAAACCUUUAUUACCUCGGCCCAACUCAGACGGCAUCAAAACACCCACACAGGUUACAAACCCUAUAAUUGCGAUCUCUGUCCCAAAUCAUUCCCAAACUCCCAGAAUUUACGGCGCCAUAAGCUCACACAUACGGGCGAAAAAAAACAUUCGUGUACCAUCUGUGGAAAAAGUUUUAUCAUCGUUGAAAAUUUAACCCGUCAUAUGAGGACCCAUACAGGGGAAAAACCUUACUCGUGUGAUAUAUGCGGACGGAGAUUUGCCCAUAGUACAACAGUCAAAGAACAUAGGAGGACCCAUACUGGCGAUAAGCCAUUUGGCUGCGGUAUUUGUGAUAAAAGAUUUACAAUUAAUAAAUUAUUAUACAAGCAUAUAAGGGCGAAACAUCCAGAGGAUUUUAAUGACUUCAAGGAACAGGAGCUGAGGAAAAAAUACGUUAUGUUUAGUGUAAAAAGUGAGCCUGACAUUUGUGGAAUUAAAAUUGAAAAAAUGGAUGACACGUAAUUGUGUAAUUAGGUUUAUAAUAAAAACCUCCAAAACCU